CAAUAACCAACCUUUCUUUAUAUGUGUGUGUGUAUAUAUAUAUAUAUAUAUAUAUACACACAUAUAAACCAUGUAUAUAUCUACACAUUCAUCUUUAACCAACAACAUUCACAACCCUUUUAAGUUUCUCUCUACAAUAUUGUUUAUAUGCAUCUCUCUCUCUUCUAGAUCUCUGUGUUAGCUGGUUCAGUGCGAACUCAACGUCCUCGGUCUCUGAUUUUCCUGUUACUGGAGAAUAGAAUAUUUAUUUGAAGUGAUCAAUAAAGAAUUAAUGGCGAUGGAAUCGUGUGUCCCUCCUGGCUUUAGAUUCCACCCAACGGAGGAAGAACUAGUGGGCUACUACCUUAUGAGGAAAAUCAAGUCCCUCAAAAUCGAUCUUGGUGUUAUUGUUGACAUUAACCUCCACAAAAUGGAGCCAUGGGACAUCCAAGAUAGGUGCAAGCAAGGGAACGAUGAACAGAAUGAGUGGUACUUCUUCAGUCACAAAGACAGGAAGUAUCCGACCGGAACUCGAACCAACAGAGCCACCGCCACCGGAUUUUGGAAGGCAACGGGAAGGGACAAGGCAGUUCUUUCAAAGGACAAGAUUAUUGGGAUGAGGAAGACCCUCGUUUUCUAUAGAGGUCGUGCACCUAAUGGAACCAAAACUGACUGGAUUAUUCAUGAAUAUAGUCUUCAAACAUGCCCUAAUGGACCCCGUCAGGAAGAAGGAUGGGUUGUGUGCAGAGCGUUCAAGAAAUCAAGUCCAAACCAAAGGCCAGGUUAUGAAGCUUGGAAUAAUAUUCAUUCAUACCAUAACAUCAGCAUUAGGCCUCCUCCUUCAGAUGCACUAAUAACCACCAUGCAUGACCCAAGUCAAGUUCUAAGUACUUUUCAACAACAACAAUUUGAUCGUUUUGGCCACCAGAAUCAUAACCAACUACUCUCUGAGAUUCCCCGACUCGAGAGCCCGGCGACCCUUUCGACGACCAUUUUGGCAGCAAAAGAAGUUGAUUGUGAAGAAGAAAGAAGCAAUUUGAACUACAAUUUUGACUGGAACAACUUAGAUGAAUUACUUGCAACUCAUGAUGAAGUGAACGAUGUCGUUUCACAGUCAAUUUCUCAUGAUUUUGAGCUACCAGUGAAUAGUGACCAAAUGAGCCAUCUCUUUGGACGCUUUGAUGGCUUGUAGCAAAAUCUUGUCCAUUAUAAUUAAUUAGUAGUAGUGUGUAAUUCUAGUAUAAAAGUUUAAUUGUUGACAUUACAACAAACUGAUAAUGGUAACUGUCUCACUGCUUGUCAAUUGUCAUGAAAUAGAGAUUGUUUUGAAAACUUUUCUUGGUAAUAAAUUGG